UCCCUUGCGCGUAGAGCGGCCUGGUCUGGUUGCCAUGGAGACCGGCGCCGUGCUGCGCGUGAAGAGAAAGCGCGGAGGCCCUUUGCCGGCCGAAGCGCUGGUCCUUGCCUGCAAACGCUUCCGCCUUGAGGCUGGGGCCGCCGCCGAGGCCUCCUCCUCCUCCGCCGCCGCCUCUUCGCCCGGAGAAGGUGAGGUGGAAAAGACGCUCUUCAAGUUGGUAGCCACCGUAAACUCGGAGGCCGAACCUGUUGACAAAUACAUACGGGAAGCUUUUACCCAACAGAAAGGAGGCCAGAUCCUGCGACCUGCUCUAGGGAGUGCUAAAAGAAUAAUCCAGGAUCUCCGUUCUUCAAAGCAAGCCAAAAGGCAGGAAAGCCGAUACCGCUUAAUCACUAGCCUCCGUCCAAAUCUCAGUGAUGGGGAAAAUGCCGUUCUCGGAGCAAACGAGAAAGAAUCCGAUGAAAAGAAACCAUCUUCCAUAUCUGAGAAAGACAAAAACAACAGCAGCUCAGGCUUUCAGUUCUUUGAUAUUAUACAGGAGGAGGAUGUGGAAAAUGAUACACCUGCUGCCCCUUUACAGAAACCACAUCCGGAUGUGAUCCUUUGCAAUGCUGUAGAGAUGAUUCGUGAACGUUUAACAGUAUCUGACAACACUAAAGAGGCAGAGGGUUGCUUAAAUCAAGAAGAAUAUGUCUAUGAUAUCUACUGUACGGAAACAGCUGCUCCAGGGUGGAUCGAGAACAUUCUCUCCGUACAACCUUACACUCAAGAGUUUGACUUGGGGGAUGAAGAGCAGUUCCCCGAGGAGAUCUAUGAAGAUGAAGAUGAUGAGAAUAAUGAGAACAACUGGCGUAACGACUACCCAGAUGAAAAUGAAUUCCUUGAUGAAGAUGAAGAAUCAGAAAAAAACAGCGGGGAUACCAGUGAUGAAGAUUGUGGACGUAUCAGGCGAUCGUGGGAGAAGUAUGAAUCUGAAGUCCUGCGGGAGUGUGAAUAUGACGGAAUAAAGGAACUGGAUUCUGAGUAGCUUGCAGGAUCUUUCCUAUUCACGAGACCCCGUGUUGUGAUGCGGCCGUUAGAAAUUGCGGCACCGCAACCCUCACUUGUCGUGCUGUUUUGGCCAGAGCAUCUUCAAAUCGAGAGAAAGCGGAUUGCCUUUAGCGUACACAGUCUUCGAAAAUGAAGUGAUGCAAAUGAUAUUGGCAGUUUUUUGGAUCUCAGCCGUGGCGUUGUACAAGUAAAGCCUGACAUUAAAAGACAAGAUUUGCCAUUGGGGGAUGCCUGAGAGCUCCUUUUGACAUUGAAGGCAGAGGUUUCCAGAAAAAAAAGUCUCCUAAAAAGAUCAUUUUUACUAUAAGACUGGAAAUGUUGUUACCUUAUUGAAGCAAAUUGUUUGUUUUUGCAAGCAUUGUUGGAUCACUGCCUGUAGAUAGAUCUAUACUUGAAAAUAAUUGUUCGGAUUGGAAGUCUCUGCACCUUAAUAUUCCUAGUUGCCACGUAUAAAUCGUUGAUAAACUUGACAUAUAAAAACACUUAAGUUAUCCUUU